UUCAGUUGAUCAGGGUAGAACGUACAUGUCUGCUGUUGAAUAAAGUGUGUCUGGAAGUUGCUGCAACAGAGGCUGAACACUGAGGAGACAUGGAAGCCGCGUUUGGACUGUGGCUCGUACUACUCGGAGUCUCUCACGGUGUGCAAACCUCCUGUGAUGGCAGACAGGAUGGAGCUCAGUGUUAUGGAGCUUUGGGAGGAACUGUGGUCCUCCAGCUGACGGACGACGCCUCAGAAAUAUUUAAAUUCCAAUGGUCAAACAAAACAACAAGAAUACUCAGUUGGAGAAACACUAAGAUGGUGUCGAAUCUAAUAGAAGACAGAUCAUCAUUUACUCCCAGUAACGGAACAUUUAGGAUCAAUGACCUGAGCAGGACUGAUGGUGGUGAUUAUACUCUUACAAUGUUUGAUUCAACAGGAAAGAUUAUAGAAACAAGGGCUCUACAGUUGACCAUUCAAGGUGUGGAAACCUCCUGUGAUGGCAGACAGGAUGGAGCUCAGUGUUAUGGAGCUCUGGGAGGAACUGUGGUCCUCCAGCUGAUGGACGACGCCUCAGAGAUAUUUAGAUUCCUCUGGUCAAACAAAAAAACAAUACUCAGCUGGAGAGACAAUAAGAUUGUGUCCAAUCAGAUAGGAAACAGAUCAUCAUUUACUCCGAGUAACGGAACAUUUAUGAUCAAUGACCUGAGCAGGACUGAUGGUGGUGAUUAUACUCUUAUAAUGUUUGAUUCAGAUGGAAAGCCUGCAGAACAACGGGCUCUACAGUUGACAAUUCAAGCUCCUGUGUCCUCUGUCCUGCUGGACUCUGAGUGUCUGUCCCAGGGAGAGAUGAGGGUGUCCUGCUCCUCUGAGGGAGGGGACAGUCCUCAGUACAGCUGGACUCUGGAUGGACAGACACUGACAGACGCUCAGCUGCUCUCUGGAAGUAACGAGAGUGAGAACAUCACUCUGAGACAAGACGUCUCAGGGCAACUGGUCUGCUCAGUCAGGAAUCAUAUCAGCAGUGUCUCCAAAGAAGAGACGAUAUCUACCUGUGGCUUCAUAUUCAUUGCCUGCAUAUUAUCCAAUGGGACACAUGUAUCACAGUGGGUGCUUGAAGCCAGUAACACCCUGUGUAUUAAGCCAACAACAGCCUCUACCACGACUACUGAGGGUAAGGAGCCCAGCCUCACAGUGUCAAAUUCAUCCUCUACUAAUGUCACAGAUCACUCCCUGCUCAUCUGUGGUUUGCGAGCAGCUGUGGUGAUUCUCAUAUUGAUCGGGAUUGCCGUCUAUUUUGCUUGGAAGAAGAAGAAAUACAAGAUAGCUGAAGGCUCCGCCGUCCCUCGGAAGAUGGACUAUCGAGACGACUCUGCUUUGAUGAUUGAAGUGAGAAGUUCUGCAUCUAAACUUUAACUUUAUGGAACCAGGGCCUCAGUGUCGCCGCUCGCUUGCUGUGAUUGGCCGUUUGUCUUUAUGGAUGUGAAAACAGGGUUUAAAGGGGAAAUGAUCUUCUGUUUAUAAUUACCUUUAAAUUCAAGUCUUAGCAGCUCACUAUGAACACCUUGCCACACAAAUGGUGUGUGAGUGUGGAAGCUCUGACAGCACAAAGGUUGUGUGUUGUGACCGCAGUUCUGUGAUCAAACAUGGAGCCGCCUGUUUUGUUUUUGCUAUUAUUUCCUUGAAAUGUUCUUUAGAAGAGAACAGUGGAUGUUUUGGAGAUAAAUCAUUUUCACUUUUGAAUCUUUUUUUGUCUUAUUAGCGAUGUAUAUUCUCAAAAUGGUGAUUCUGCAUUCAAAGCAUGUUUUUAGCUUUCGAUUUUAAAGCUCAAAUUGUCAUUUUGCACCAUAAAAAAGGGCAUAUUCACAGAUUUGUUUAAAUAGUUUAGAUUUUUAAGAGUGAAUUAUGUAAUUAUAGUUUUGUAUUUCUCUCAUCUUAUUAUAAUUACAAAUAAAGAUCUGUUUAGCUUCCAUGAUUUUGAAGAGUAAUAAUGUCAAACCUGCAGUUAAUAGUAAGAGCUUUGAUUUAGCAGCUUUCUAGUGUUGUUUUGUGUUCAAAUCCUGUCAAUCAAUCAGUCACGUGUCAGCAGUCAGUUUUCUUGUUGAACAUUUUGAUCAUGAACUGUACCUUUAACACCUGCUGCCAGUUGAAUACAACCUUCAGAGUCAACAUCAGUAUUAGUAGGUGUGAGGUUUCCCUCUACUGGUUCACACAGGACUCGCUGUUGUUGAUGGAAAAUUCUGUGUUCAGUAAAACUGUGUUUUAAGAACAUGAGAACAAAAAUAAA